AUGCUCAUUUUAAGCCUCCUGACCGGAGGCGAUGGAGGAAUUUCAGAUUCUUUCAGCGCUCUCAAACACAGCAUCGCUUUAAGGAGGCGUCCAGAUGAGAAGGAGCUCCACGAGGAGCUGGACACAAAAGCACCAGAGCAGCUAAAUGCUCCAAACUGGCCAAAGCUCAAAGCUCCUCUUGGUUUGCUGGCGAUGCGUUCGGGGCCCUGUGGUGAUCAGAGCUCUGUGGGCUCACAGACGCCCACGCCGGGCCGCACGCCAGCGCUCUCUUUGUGCCCCGAUCGGGAGGGCAGGGAGCCCCUGGAGACCGGUCUGCUGGGUUUACAGUGUUUACAGUCAGCCCCGGCUCAUGUGAGCCUGCUCAGAGACGGAAAACAGAGCUCCAGCCGGGACGUUUCAGAGGCUGCCGGUCCAGCUACGGUCAAACCAGCCGGACGCUCCCCAACACCACUGCCUCCACAGGCAGGAAUUCCACAGGAAUUCCACAGGAAUUCCAGAGGAAUUCCUCCCCGUGAGGUUUCGCCACUGCGUGGUGAGCUCAGCUCCCCGAGCCCCGCUGAGUCACCUGCUCAACGGCUCCGUUUAGCUCUGGAAACACGGCCUGUGCACGACACGUGCACGGCGUGUGCAUGGAAACAGACCAGAGAGCAGGGUUUCGUCAGCCUCCGUCUGCUGGUCUUUGUGUUCGGGGUGUGUCUGCGUUCCUCACCCUCCUGUCAUGGCGGCCCGGAGCGGGCCGAGCCUCCUGAUUGGCCGUUGGGAGUCGGGUGUGGGCGGAGCCUGCCGAUUGGCCGUUGGGAGGCGUGGGAAAGCGGCCGGCCCCUGAAUGCAGCUCCGCCGGGCCGGGCCUCCUUAAUAUCCCACUCUGCUGCCUGCCUGCCUCCCUCCUCCCUCCCAGACUCAGGUUUCAGCCCCCCCCCCCUCCAUCUGACUCACGGUGCUGGUAUGAGGACAGGGAACGGGAAGGAGGGGCAGAGGGAUCCGGUUCCAAACCGCCUGGAAAGAGGAGUCCACCCAAAGGAAGGAGCAGAACCUCCAUCCAUCCAUCCUUCAUCCAUCUAUCCAUCCACCCAUCCAUCCAUCCAUCCAUCCAUCCAUCAUCCAUCCAUUAUUCAUCCAUCAUCCAUCCAUCCAUCCAUCAUCCAUCCAUUAUUCAUCCAUCAUCUAUCCAUCCAUCAUUCAUCCAUGUAUACAUCAUUCAUCCAUCAUCCAUCCAUCCAUCAUUCAUCCAUGUAUACAUCAUUCAUCCAUCAUCCAUCCAUCCAUCAUUCAUCCAUCCAUCCAUCCAUCCAUCCCUCAUCCAUCCAUCCAUCAUCCAUCCAUCCAUACAUCAUCCAUCCAUCAUUCAUCCAUCAUCCAUCCAUCCAUCCAUCAUUCAUCCAUCAUCCAUCCAUCCAUCCAUCAUCCAUCCAUCCAUACAUCAUCCAUCCAUCAUUCAUCCAUCCAUCCAUCAUCCAUCCAUCCAUCCUUCAUCCAUCCAUCAUCAAUCCAUCCUUCAUCCAACAUCCAUCAUCCAUCCAUACAUCCAUCCAUCAUGAUGGAUGGAUGUAUGGACUAAAGAUGAGUUUAAACCCAAAUAAACAAAGGAAACGUUUGUUGGAAGCAGAGAAGAAGCAGAUUCAUUACGGGUUCAGACCUCAGAACAAAGACCCUGAGGAGGAACUGGAGCAGAAACUGGUCCAGAGUCCUGCUGGUUCUGCUGCUUUUCCUGUUUGCUCAGCGCUUUUUCCCGCAGACGGCUGGAAGCUGCUCUAA